AUGUCGUGCCUUCUAUUAGGAGUUAUAAGGAGGCAGGGAAGUGUCGGGGUAAAUGUUCGAUCCUUGGCCUCCAUUCCCUCACUACCGCCAGCGGUGGCGGAUUUUGUGAAGGGAGCUGCGGACGAGUGCAAACCCGCCAAUGUCCACGUGGUGACCGGCACCCCGGAGGAAACGGCCAACAUCCUGGCAGGUUUGGAGCGGGACGGCAUGGUCAAGAGGCUUCCCAAAUAUGAAAACUGCUGGCUUGCGCGCACAGACCCAAAGGACGUGGCCAGAGUCGAGAGCAAGACCGUAAUCGUGACCAAGAACCAGCGAGACACUGUCCCAAUUCCUGCUGGGGGGGUGAAGAGCCAGCUGGGGAGCUGGAUGAGUGAGUCGGACUGGGAAAGAGCCAGACGGGACCGUUUUCCCGGCAGCAUGGCAGGUCGGACCAUGUAUGUGAUUCCCUUCAGCAUGGGCCCUGUAGGCUCCACGCUCAGUAAAUAUGGUGUACAGGUGACAGACUCGCCGUAUGUGGUGGCCAGUAUGGGCAUCAUGACACGAAUGGGAAGUCCGGUUCUGCAGAAACUUACAGAGGGUGUGGAGUUUGUCCGCUGCCAGCACUCAGUGGGUCGGCCUUUACCUCUCACAGCUCCUCUCAACAACUCGUGGCCCUGUAACCCAGAGAAGGUGUUGAUAUCACACCUGCCAGACACCAGGCAGAUCCUGUCCUUCGGCAGCGGCUACGGAGGCAACUCUCUGCUUGGGAAGAAGUGCUUUGCCCUCCGCAUUGCCUCCCGUAUCGCUAAGGAUGAGGGCUGGCUGGCUGAGCAUAUGCUGAUCCUGGGCAUCACCAACCCUCAGGGGGUAAAGCGAUACGUAGCGGCGGCUUUUCCCAGCGCCUGUGGAAAAACCAACUUGGCCAUGAUGAAGCCGUCUCUACCCGGCUGGAAGGUGGAGUGUGUGGGCGACGACAUCGCCUGGAUGAAGUUUGACAGUCAAGGUAAGCUGCGGGCCAUCAACCCGGAAAACGGCUUCUUUGGCGUGGCUCCGGGCACCUCUAACAAGACCAACCCCUACGCCAUGGCGACCAUCGUCAAGAACACAGUGUUCACCAAUGUGGGUGAGACCAGUGACGGGGGAGUUUGGUGGGAGGGACUCGACCCCCCUCCUGCAGGGAUCACACUGACAGACUGGCAUGGAAAAAGCUGGAAGCCAGGGAGCUCAACACCUUGUGCUCACCCCAACUCACGUUUCUGUGCCCCCGCUGGGCAGUGUCCCAUCAUCGACCCUCAGUGGGAGAGCGAGGAGGGGGUUCCCAUCGACGCCAUCAUCUUCGGUGGCAGGAGGCCAGAAGGAGUUCCUUUGGUUUAUGAGUCUUUCAACUGGCAGCAUGGGGUUUUUGUUGGAGCUGCAAUGAGGUCAGAGGCCACAGCAGCUGCAGAGCACAAAGGUAAGAUGAUCAUGCACGACCCCUUUGCCAUGCGGCCGUUCUUCGGCUACAACUUCGGGGACUACCUCACUCACUGGCUGAGCAUGCAGAGCCGAAAGGCCCCCACUCAGCUGCCGAGGAUCUUCCACGUCAACUGGUUCAGGAAGGACCCGGCAACCGGAGCCUUCCUCUGGCCCGGAUUUGGUGAAAACGCCCGAGUCCUGGAGUGGAUCUUCAAGCGCUGCGGCAGAGAGCGGGAGGACGAGGCGGCAAAGAAAAGCAUCAUCGGCUGGCUGCCACAGGAGGGCGCCAUCAACACCGAGGGUCUGGGCAGCAAGGUGGAUAUGGGGGCCCUGUUUGACGUGCCUAAGUCUUUCUGGCAGAAAGAGACCAAGGAGCUGCAAGCGUACUUCACCCAGCAAGUUGGAGCAGAUCUGCCCGCUCAGAUGAAGGCUGAGCUGAAGGCGCUGGAGGACAGAGUCCACAAAUAAAGGAAACUGACAGGAAACUGGAUUCAGGUCAUCCUGACUCCUGGUCGGAGCCUCUGAUCGGGUUCACAUACACAGGGAAUUCUGAAAAAAGGUUUGUAGUAGAGCAACUUUUUGGGCAAAAAUUGUGCUGAAUCAGGGAAAAGCAGAAAAGCAUUUCGGGUCAUCUCUGUACACGCAGACAGUCAGAAUUCUACCCGAAGGGAAAUUUAUUGGGGAAACAAUGCAGCUACAACACUUUUUGGAGUCUUCACUUUGCAUUAUUGUCUCAAUACUUGAACUGGAGCUGACUUGAUAAGCUGAAGAUUCAACUCAUCAUGAAGUUUAAGUGCCUUUUAGAAUUUAACAAUCCCGCUUCCGGGCGGCUCGACUUCUAAGGCUGAAGCCCAAAGCGCUGCAGUGCAAUAAACCAACAUAAAGGUUUUACGGUGAUGAAUUCCAACGCUAAAUCCUCUGAUGUUACCACGGUGACGAGACAUCUGUCAGAAAUUCAUUACAGAAGCUUAAGAAAUUAUUUAUACAACGACCUCUGUAACAUUUGUGAUUCAACCGUCUGAUUUUAGCUGAUGUUUACACACACAAUGUGAAAUGCUGAACCAAAUCUGCCCCUGAGGUUCUCAGGUGUUUUCAUAACGUUUUUACCAGUGCAAAGAAUAAACCAUUUUAAAUGUG